AUGGAGGACAGCCACAGCUCUUCUUCCGAAGGAGAUGUCUCAGACUUCGAAGCACGAAUGGCAGCUUGGGAGGCUGACCAGGAGGAUGAUCUGGACAUCCGCUUCGAAGCCGGGUCCAGCGACGACCCCAAGGCCGACGCGGCCGAGGCCACUCGGCAAGAGCAGCGGCGUGUGUGGGAGCUGUUGUCCGAACGCUGGGCGCGUCCGGAGGAGAAGGAGGACCUUGUGAGGAUGGAGAAGACCAUCGACGAAGCAGCGAGGAGGUUGAUGGAGCAAGGACAGCUGGAUGACUUUGGGGAAUUGUCGGCCGCUCCGGCUGAGGUGAGGCCAGGCUUGUGGAUUGGCAGCGAGGAAGAUGCCGGCGACGAGGAGUUCUUGGCACGUCAAGGCAUCCGCGCAGUGCUGAACUGUACCGAAGAGAUGGCGUGCGAUCGGCGGAAGAACAUCUAUGAGAGGUUGGGCAUCCAGCAUUGGCACCUGGCCAUGUACGACGACCCAAGCGAAGACCUGCUUGCAGCUGUUGACAAAGCCAGACCAUGGCUCAAAGAGAUGUUGAAUGCCAAUCUGGAGAAUCUCCCUGAAAACCCUCCCUCCCAAUCCGACCCCGCUUCUUCGCCCCUUUCGCCACCGGUGCCGGUCCUGGUGCAUUGCUUCGUGGGGGGAAAUCGUUCCGUCGCCGUGGUGGUGUCCUACCUGGUCCUUGAGGAGUCGAUGACUCUGCUGGAGGCCCUGCGGCUCUGCGCGUCGGCGCGAGGCAGGGUGCUGGGGAGCGGUUCCUUUCCACUGCAGUUGCUUCGCCUGGCCAACGGGACGACUGAACAAGUGGAGAACAAGCGAGCGGAAAAAGCUCAGGCUGGCUUGAACUUCCAUGGUGAAUUCCAGGGACUAACACAGAUCAGAGAAUGGACUUUGGACAUGCCCUUUUUCUUCAUCGGGGAAGAUCUUCGAUCGAUCCGAAACGCCCUGGAGGCUCUGGGCGCCUGCGCUCCAGACAUUCGUGUCUACAGUACUGCCAUCAAAGCCUGUGCGCGAAAAGCAUGCUGGGAGCACUCCCUUCAGCUUUUGCGAGAUUCGCUGGAAGAGGCCUUGCAGCCAGACCUGGUGUUCUUCAGCGGUGUUGCCAGCGCGUGCGAGAAGACCUCGAAGUGGACAAAGGUCUUGGAGCUCUUCGUAGACCUACAACGCAGGACUCUCGAAGCUGAUGUGAUCUUCUUCAGCAGCUGCAUCAGCGCCUGUAGCCGUCAGCAGUCGUGGGUGACUGCCUUGGCUCUCUUUGAGAAGCUUCAGGACUCUGCUGUGCAGUCGGACGUCAUCGUCUACAACUCUUGUAUCAGUGCGUGUGGGAAAGGGCAGCAAUGGCAAGUUGCCAUGAUCCUCCUUUCGCAACUCUCUGAACAACAACUCCAACCAACACAGGUCUCAUUCAAUGCCGCCUUGAGCGCUUGCGAAAGGGCAGGCCUUUGGCAGCUGGCUGUGCAGCUUUUGGCUGAAAUGAAGGAGAGGAAUUCGAAGGAGGCCAAGCAGCAGCCGGAUUUGCUGAGCAAGAACUGCUUCCUGGGAGCCUGUUCUCGUGCAGGUCACUGGAGAGAGGCACUGGAAGCCUUGGCCGACAGCAAGGCCGAUGUGGUGAGCUUCAGCUGCGCCCUCGGCGCCUGCG